CUAAGAGAACCAACCCCGAGCCCGAGAAAAACAAGAAAAUAAUACACAAUUGGCGACGGUGGUGCAGAGGUUCUCCGUGUGAUCCGAUCGAACGGGCAAACGGGACUUGGACGAGGGACUAGGGCUAAAUCCUUGUUGGCCAGUGGGAGUUAUGGCCGGCGACAUGUCCAUCGGCUGUGCGUCACUGAAGCGAUCCAGCAAGCUGAGGUCCUGCACCAGUGCCGCCGACACGGACUCGAUGCGGAUGCCCAACGACCACAGGGACAACGGCAGCCUGGUGAAGCAACCGCCUGUGCCGCCCCAGAAUAUGAGGGGCGGUUUGAGGGUCUACAAGAUUGUCAUACUCGGCGAUGGGGGCGUUGGAAAGUCAGCUGUCACCCUUCAGUUCGUGAGCCACAGUUUCCUGGACUACCAUGACCCCACAAUUGAGGACUCCUACCAGCAACAGGCGGUCAUCGACAAUGAGGCCGCCCUGCUCGACAUCCUUGACACCGCCGGCCAGGUGGAGUUCACGGCCAUGCGGGACCAAUAUAUGCGUUGCGGCGAAGGUUUCAUCAUCUGCUACUCGGUGACCGACCGCCACAGCUUCCAGGAGGCCUCUGAGUAUCGCAAACUGAUCACCCGUGUAAGGCUUUCCGAGGACAUUCCCUUGGUACUGAUCGCCAACAAGGUGGACCUGGAGUCGCAGCGAAAAGUCACCACGGAGGAGGGCAAGAAUCUGGCCAAUCAGUUUGGCUGCCCCUUCUUUGAGACCUCGGCUGCACUGCGUCAUUACAUCGAUGAGGCAUUCUACACCUUGGUACGUGAGAUUAGGCGCAAGGAGAUGCAAAAGGCCCUGGGCACGGACUCCAAUUCGGAGAAGAUCCAUACGGGGCGACGCAGCCGCUGGUGGCGCAUCCGAUCCAUCUUCGCUUUGGUGUUCCGGCGCAGACGAAACCUCAACUAGGAUGGGGAUGUCCCUAAACGAGUGCAAUAUUAACCACACCACAUACGAGUAACUUUUGUUCGCUAUUGAUGCAUACAUGGUAUAUAGAAAAAACGCCCACAUCCGAUAGAUACAGCAGACAGAAGAUACGAGGGGAGAGGAAAACUAAUUGUUAUGGCCACAGUGGUUUAUUUAUUAUUUGUUACGAAAAAAACUAUUUAAAGUACUUGUUGUCGGCCAAAAAAAGGGUUAGGAAGGCGGUAGAGCAGCGAUAGAGUAUAUCAAUACGUUUAAGCACCGAUCCAAAAGAUACAUAUUAACAAUGCACGUACAUAUGUUUAUGUAGUAAAUAUUACUAACGUUGAUUCCUAGAAGAGAGCGAUUAAGCAAAAGUGUGGCAAUUGGCCGAAGCUCAAAAGCAUUUAAAUUCAGCAAGAAGAAUCUGAUUGCUCUGAAUCCUAGCCAGGAGAUUAACCCAUUUAGGCCAGUUGCCGGGCGAGCGAAGCGGGAGUAGGGAAAGAUUUUUAAACCUAUGUAUGUACGUAUUUACCCAGAUGACACGCACAUGACAUACGACACAAGCAACACAUUUAACUAAUCGAAUAAAUGUUGAAUUUAAUGUAUACUAA